AAAAUAAAAUAGAGAGUAUACUGUGAGUUAUAAAAUUGCCGGAGGAGUGUGAAAGGGCAGAGAUGAUUGAAUCGUCAAUGGCUACAGGCAGUGUGUACAAUUUUGCAACAGUUUUGACUUGUUUCUCUUCCUCAAAUCGGCAACCUAAUCUUCCCCUCCGUUUCAACCCUAGUUCCAUUUCUAGUAACCGUAAUCCGUCCCUCCGUUUGAUUACUAGUAACAGCAAUGAGCAACCAAAUCGUCCUUGUUUCAUCAGGUCAAGAAUUCCACAACGGCUUCCCACCCGAGUACAUGGAUUGCUGGCCGAUGAUGAUUCUGUAACCGCCCCGAAUCCGCAAGAAUCACACAAUUCUGCACCGGAUGCUAGUAUUCAGUUAAAUCUUCCUAGAAGAAGUUUGCUCGUACAAUUUACAUGUGACUUGUGCGGUGAAAGAACAAACAGGCUUGUAAACCGAUUAGCUUAUGAAAGGGGGGCCGUUUUUGUUCAGUGUGCAGGCUGUCAACGGCAUCACAAAUUAGUUGACAAUCUUGGACUAAUCACGGAGUAUGAUUUUCGGGAGAAAAUGAACCCAGACUCAGAAGUUGAUCAAAUUUGAUGUGUAGUUCAUAACUAGGCAUUUUUAUGUGACAUUUCCUGAUUAUUUCGAUAAUUCAAAAAUCCAUAUUCAUUAAAAAGAAAGAAUAGUAAGAGUAUUGACACUCAUUAUUCAGAUCUCUACACCUGAAAUGAUUUUAAAUUCCGCAAACCACGUAACUGCUUAGAAAGGAUCCAUACUAUGUGCGCCUGCUAGCAGCUGUAGACAGUUACCGCUAGGAAAACAGUGAAAGCAAAUCCAGCUGUUGCCCAUAUAUUUCUCCCUUGAUGAUGGUUUGAUGGUGCACCAUUCUGUGAAGUAAAAAACAUAGGAUGUGAUCAGAACAAUGUGAUGUUGAUGACAUGUGUUGGUAAAAGAUAUGGUUUAUAUUUAAUCUAA